AUGGUGUAUUCUGCUGGAAAAGAGUAUACGCCAACAGAAUGGACUGAUGAGAAGCAUAGUUUGUAUCUUAAAUCCAUGGAAGCUUCAUUCGUGGACCAGCUUUAUAACUCCCUUGGUGCGCUCGGUUCGAAUUUAACCAAAGAUAAUGUACCGAACGGUCUAGGACCAUCGAUACGGUUCGGUAGUAGCGUUAGAAAACCUUCUGAAGAACAGUUCAAGGUUCUUCGUGAUGGUUUCUGGCAGAAGAUGAAUGUAAGACAACCCGAGUAUCGUCUCAAUGGAAGGUCUCACGAGUUUCUUCGGAGCCCGUGGAUCAAACAUUAUAAACCUAUAGCGAAGACUCAUACUCCGUUAACAGAUGAUGGUUGUUCGGAGCUCGAGAACUCAAAUGGGAAGAAGGGGAUAGUCAUAUGCAGCUCUGGUUCGGCCUCGAUUCUUAAGCAGAUAUUACGGGAAGGCUGCUCUCAUUCGCGUGAUCGGGAUCAAAUCAGUAUCGGAGAAGAAGAGGUAUCUGACCAGAACUUUAUCAACGAAGUAGCGAAAGCCGAAAAUGGAAGCUCGAAGAAGAUGAAGACAGUGAUGAGCGGAUCGUCGAGUUCUGAUCAGGUUGUUCCACUCAGAAAAACUCCUGCAAACAUGAUGGCAUAA